UUAGACGGAACAAUUACAACGAUGCACACUUUAAAGUAACAGCACCAUGGCGUCGGGUCAUUUGUGUAAGCUGCACGGUGUUUUAACGCGACUUUCAUACGCUGCUACGCUGCAAAAUGUGCAAAGUUGUUUGGUGCCACUUCGACAGAAAUCUACUGUUGACCCUUCCUCACCCCAAGGCCAUAAUUGUGAGGUGAAAAUAGGCGUUACUUCCGAUGGAAAAACCAUAGUAUGCUACCACCCUGCCGUCGACGUUCCAUAUGAACUCACCCAGCCCAUAGAGCGACAAGACCCUUUGACUGUGCCGGCAGAAACCCACGAUCAGGUUCUGAAAGCCCACCUCAGCAAAGAGGUGCUGAAGGGCAAAGAGGGACCGACUAUAGAGGAGCUGAGCAAGAUGUUUUUCACCACAAAACAUCGGUUUUAUCCAAAAGGACAGUAUCACAGGAGGCGCAUCAAUCAAAACCCCCCGAAGGACAGAUAAUCGAGGUCCAUAAACUGUUAUUUGAAAUGUAAAAAUAUUGUAUAAUAAACUGGGAAAUGUGACGCAGACAGAAUUAUUCAUUUGUUUUUGUGUCUACAAUUCGUCGCAGGAUGUUUUUUGGACGUUAUCUAGAGGAAAUAAAACAACCCAGCUAUGAGUGAAAAAUGGUGAGGUGAUGUUUUAUAAUGCUGGUUUGGAAAACAAUAAAGAUGUAUUAAAAGUAAA